AUGGCCAUCCGCUUGGAGCCCCAGAACACAAAUCUGGGCACCAUCGUUGUGGGAUACGAUAUCAGAAAGAAGGCCAACCUUGUAAAUCAAAGCGACGGUAUUCUGAGGUACAGUCUCAUGUGUUGGGAAAGCGGGAGCCACGUUCAGGUCAAUGCCAUGGUACAAACGGGAGAAGACGACUCGCCACACGAUUCUGCGGUGACGCUGGAGCAGGGCUCAGAUGAUGUCAUCAUCUCUGUAGACGAGCCAGAGGGGACAAUUUCUUCUAGACUAACUGACGCAUUCUGCGAUGGGUGGUCCAAACCAUUCCUGUGGGACAUGAUGAGCGCCGAAGGCAUCAACACAGAGGCGGCAUCUGUCGUGAGUGAUAUCGAGAAGAGAAUGGAACAGCUUGAAGUGGAGGGAAAAGUCACCAAUGACGAGGUUCUGAAGGCGUUGGACCCCUUCUGCAUGGACUUUGGUGUGUCCGCGAUUGGGAGCGCGCCAGUGGCUGUGCACUUUGAGCUGUCCAAUCCCGGGAAUAUUCCGGCCGUCUGGGAGCUCCACAGCCACGACCAGCCGGACGUCGAGAUGGAGCGAUGGGUGGAUCCAGGACGACCGAGGAAUGAGCAAGAGAAAUUGAGGGAUUUCAUCGUUGAAAAUAGAAUUUUUCAGAUAGAUCCCAGGAGCGGAGAUCUCAUGCCGGGAGAUCGUGUUCAUAUCAAGACGAUAUACACCCCCUUGGCGGAAGGGACCCAUAGCCUCCCGAUUCUCCUUCGAGUUAGAGACGGGAAGCGGAUUCGGCUUCAGCUGGAGGGUCGAACGGUGCCGCCUGACACCAUGCACCUGGCUCUGACACCUGCCACGAGAUCGUUCGACCUGCGGCCAGUUCCGCUUGGGUGCCUCCAGCCUCCCCGCCAGAUGUACUGCCUGCACAAUGGAGGACCAGGCGUGCUUAAAUACGAGCUCGAUCUCACGAAUCUUGAGAAGCUCACCCGCGAGAACUACUCCUUCGAGGUGUUGCGCUUUGAGGGGCGCAGUUCAGCGCAGGAGAAAUCCCUGUGGGUGGAGUUCAGCCUGUGA